GUUAACUUAACGCUCUACCGCUACUACCAAGUCCCCCCAGGGAAACCUAAAACCCUAACGCUAUAUCCUGCGUCGUCCACCUCCAGUGUCUGCUUCAAUUCUCCUCAGUCCACUGUAAUUGAGUACGCGAUUCAUAUAACUGCUGGUUCUCUGCUUUGCGCAGCAGGUUGACAAUGAAAUACAAGGUUCAGAAGAAGAAAGUCUCGGCCUCCAACGGGAACAGAAAGAGCAACAAGCAUUCUAUCAGUCGAGACCCGUUUUUCGAAGGUGAGUCUAAGAAGAGGCGUAAGAUCGGCUACGAAGAUGAAGACAUAGAGUCCGGAGACUCCGAGGAAGAGAACGAAAUUCUCGGAGAUUCUGAUGGUGGCGGUAGCAGUGGCGAUGAGGAGCAAGAGGAGUAUGCUAUGGAGACUGCGGAUGAGAAGCGGAAGAGGUUGGCGGAAGAGCACGUGGAGAAGGUACGGAAGUAUUGGGAGAGAAAGAGGCAAACUGAGGGGGAGGAUGAAGAACGAGGAGGAGAAGGUAGCGAGAAUGAGAACGAAGGAGUGAAAGAUUCACUUGUGGCGAGCAUCUUGCAGAAGGAGCAGCUCGAGGAGAGUGGUCGUGUUAGGAGAGUCAUUGCUUCCAGAGUUCAAAAGCCAGAAGCUGCUGAUGAAUUUCGUAUCCUAGUAAAACACAGACAACCUGUUACUGCUGUAGCUCUUUCUGAGGAUGAUUUAAAGGGCUUUUCUGCCUCGAAAGAUGGCACCAUUUUGCAUUGGGAUGUGGAAAGUGGAAAAAGUGAGAAAUACCAGUGGCCUAGUCAGGAUGUUCUGAAGUCCCAUGGAGUCAAGAAUACAGAAGGGCGAGUUAAGAAACAUAGCAGGCAUGUUUUAGCAUUGGCUGUCAGUUCUGACGGUAGAUAUUUGGCUACCGGAGGCUUAGACCGGCAUGUUCAUCUAUGGGAUGCUCGUACACGAGAGCAUGUACAGGCUUUUCCAGGUCAUAGAGGACCUGUUUCAUGCUUAACUUUUAGGCAAGGGACUUCAGAACUCUUUUCUGGUUCAUUUGAUCGAACGGUCAAGAUAUGGAAUGCAGAAGAUAGAGCUUACAUAACCACCUUAUUUGGUCACCAAAGUGAAGUAUUAACCAUUGAUUGCUUAAGAAAGGAACGAGUAUUGACUGUUGGACGGGAUCGGUGUAUGCAGUUGUUUAAGGUUCCUGAAGAAUCACGGUUAAUAUUCCGAGCCCCUGCAUCAUCUUUAGAAUGUUCUUGUUUCAUCAGCAAUGAUGAAUUUUUAUCUGGUUCUGAUGAUGGAAGUAUUGAGCUCUGGAGUGUUACGCGAAAGAAACCUGUAUACAUUGUUAAGAAUGCUCAUCCUGUUUUGACUGCAUCGAAGGAUAUUAAAAAUGAAGAUCAUGGAACUUUUGCUAAUGGGCAUUUAGAAAAUGGCAAUACCAAUAAUGAGAAUUAUCAUUGUUCAUCAGCAUAUUCAUGGGUUAGUUCAGUUGCUGUAUGUAGAAGCAGUGAUCUUGCUGCAUCAGGAGCUGGCAAUGGCUCAGUCCGCCUAUGGGUUGUUGAAAGUGAGUCCAAAGAUGUUCGACCUUUAUAUGACCUUUCGUUGUCUGGUUUUGUAAAUUCUCUGGCCUUUGCAAGAUCCGGACAGUUCAUCAUUGCUGGAGUUGGACAGGAGCCGCGUCUUGGAAGAUGGGGACGUCUACCGGCUGCUCGGAAUGGGGUUGCAAUUCAUCCCCUUAAGCUCUCAUAAGAUGGUGAUAUUUUUGCAGAUUGCUACAGUUUUCAGGUGGACUAUUGUUUGGAUACGGAGAAAACAAGGCCAACGAGGGGACACUCGUUCAUGGUCAUCACUACAAUUUUGGCAUAGCUGAGAAAUUAAGCUAAAAGUUCAAUCUGUAGGAUAUAGCUUUUGUUCAAUUUUAUGUACAAUUACAUAUUAAUGUUCUCUGGGCUGUUCUUUUUUUUUUUUUUUUAACUAGAUUAUUUUUUCCUGAUGAAAUUUUGUUAGCGCCGUGAGUGGAAUUGUAGGGUGAGGACUUUUCUGCAUUAUCUACCUAAAAUUGCUGUAGAACCUA